AUGGCAUUCAAUAAAACCGCAUGCGAUAUCCACCUGUCCCUCCAUGAUGGCGGCACCCACUUAAUAGCAAUAUGCAACAACGACGAGGGCUCCGGGAUCACUGGUGACCUUCUCCUUGACCAAUGCUUGGGAAGUAAGGAUGGCCACUUUGUAUGGGGUGGAACGAACUUCAGCAAGAAUGCGAAGAACGUUACCUUUAGCACUGAAGGACCGGACAGGAAACCAAUUCUUCAUUCGGAGCUCUUGGAUUCAUCCGGACAUUAUGUCCAAGACAAGGUUGAUCUUGCUUCUCAUAUUGCAAACGUUGAGGGCGAACUAAAAUACACUGAACCCGAGGAUUGA